AUGUCGAAUUUAAUCAUUCCAUCUGUUAUCCUCUCAUCCCUGAAUAAUCCUGGCUACGUUACGGAGUUCAAAUACAUAAGAUCAGCAACAGCGGAAAUAGAAUGUUUGUCGGGAAUAAUCGAUCGAAACGUCAACGUGACGUCAUCUGACAUCAAAUGGACGCACAACAACCUUACUAUCAUGAUAUCUCAAUCUAACGCCUCGAGAUACACUUCAUAUCAAGAAUUUAGGAUAGAUGAUAAAAUGCUGGGAGAGUUUUUUGGAUACGCGUUUAUCCUGAAAAUUAGAAACGUCACCUUUAGUGAUUCCGGAAUUUACUCGUGUUCCUGGUCUGAAAAGGUUUCAAAUAAUAGUAACAUUGGCACUGGUGUUGGUAACAAGACCAAAUUAAUGGACCUCACUGUCGUCGAAAGUUGUCCAUCCGACGAGUGGAACUGCUUGAAUGGCCAAUGUAUAGAGACCGAUGGUAGAUGCAAUGGUUUCACUGAUUGUAUCGACAAGUCAGAUGAGCAACUAAUUAAUUGCGGAAAGCAGGGCGGGAAGUUUUAUUGUGGAUCUGGAGAAGAGAUAGAUGUGCAGAAAGUCUGUGAUGGCAUUUUUGAUUGCACAGAUGCCAGUGAUGAGAAAAAGUGCAAUAAUGGCGAGCCAUGCCUAGCUACGCAAUUCAAAUGCAGUUCUGGAACCUGCCUGAGUGCCAACGUUAAAUGCGACGGUCAGAAAAAUUGCUUGGACGGAAGUGACGAACUGUCGUGUCCCGGGAAAGAAUGCAAAAACUUUGAAUUCAAGUGUUCCAAUGGUAUCACUUGCAUCAACGUCACCCUGAGGUGUGACGAUAACGACGAUUGUGGUGAUUACUCUGACGAAAUGAAUUGCGCGUCAAACGGUCAGUGCCUUCCACACACAUUCAAAUGUGUCUCGUCCAAUUACUGCCUGCCCGACCGGCUAUACUGUGAUGGCAACGAUGAUUGCUUGGAUGGCUCGGAUGAAGCUUACUGCUGGACCGACGCAUCGAGGAAUUUUAGAAAAUUUAAAACUUCAGAUUCCGAGAACUGCGCGCCGAGCCAAUUUCAAUGCCCCGACAAUCAGAACUGUAUAGACAUUAAAUUGAAAUGUGACGGAGUCAAACAUUGCGCGGACGGGAGCGACGAAAAUAAGUGUUCAGUGGCGAACGCUACUGCUGCUACUACUACUACAGCUGCUAUUACUACUACAGAAGCUACUACUACAGCUGCUACUACUACUGCUACUGUUAUCAAUGAAAAUGAAGUAACAAGCGGCCAAUGCUUACCUGGCCAAUUGAAAUGUUCGUCUGAAGACAAGUGCGUUAAUGAGCUGAAUGCCUGCGAUGGUGUGGAGGAUUGCACGGAUGGAUCGGAUGAAAGAAACUGCACAGCUGUUGCUUGUCAAGGUGAUGAGUUUCGGUGUCAGAAUAUGCAGUGCAUAGAUCUGAAUGGCUUGUGUAAUCAGUUCUUCGACUGUUCCGAUAAUUCGGAUGAAUUUGACUGUCCUGACAUUAAUAACCACAUCAAUGCCACAUACGUUAAUGUAACGAAUAUUAAUGCGACCAGCAUCAAUGCAACCGGCAUCAAUGCGAUAGACAUUUAUGCGGCCAACAUUAAUGCAACUAACAUUAAUGCAGUCAACAUCAAGGCAGCCAACAUUACUGCAGCCAACAUCACCGCGACCAAAAUUUAUGUAGUCAACGUUUAUGCAGGCAACAUUUCUGCAGAAAACAUCACGGUGGCCUACAUAACUGCAAGCAACAUCUAUGCGACCGUUCUUAGUGCAGUCAACAUCAAUGCAACCAACAUCACUGCAACCAACAUCACUGCAACCAACAUCGCCGCAACCAACAUCAUCGUAGCCAACAUUCAUGCAGCUAACAUAACUGCAGCCAACGUGUAUGCAACCAACAUUUAUGCAGCCAACAUCACAGCAGCUAACAUUUCUGCAGCUAAUCUCAUGGCAGCCAACGUCACUGCAGCUAACAUCACUGCAGCUAGCCUCUAUGUAGCCAACGUUACAGCAACCAACAUCACGGCGACCAACAUAACUGCUAACAACAUUUAUGCAGUCAACCUGACCGCAGCCAACAUAAUUGCAGACAACAUUUACGCAAACAGCAUCGCUGCAGCCAACAUCACGGCAGCCAGAGUCUAUGCAACCGACAUCAAUGUAGCCAACAUCACUGCAUAUAUUGUUUAUGCAGCCAGUAUUAUGGCUGCUAACGUCAAUGCAGCCAACAUUUAUGCAGCCAACAUCACUGCAGCCAACAUCACUUCAGCCAACAUAACUACAACCAACAUAACUGCAGCCCGUGUUUAUGCAGCCAACAUCAUCGCAACCAAUAUCACUGCAGCUAACAUUUAUGCAGCCAACAUCGCUGCAGCCAGCAUUUAUGCGGCCAACCUCAAUGCAACAAACACCACGGCAGCCAACAUUUAUGCAGAAAAUGUUACUGCAGCCAACAUCGCCGCAACCAACAUCAUCGUAGCCAACAUUCAUGCAGCUAACAUAACUGCAACCAGCUUGUAUGCAACCAACAUUUAUGCAGCCAACAUCACAGCAGCUAACAUUUCUGCAGCCAACCUCGCUGCAGCCAACGUCACUGCAGUCAACAUUUUAGCAACCGACAUCAAUGCGGCCAACAUUUAUGCUGCCAACAUCUAUGCAGUCAACAUAACUGCAACUAACAUUUAUGCAACCAACAUCACUGCAACCAACAUCAAUGCAACCAACAUCAUUGCAACCAACAUCACUGCGACCAACAUCACUGCAACCAACAUCAUUGCGACCAACAUCACUGCAACCAACAUCACUGCAACCACCAUCAUUGCGACCAACAUCACUGCAACCAGCAUCACCGCAACCAGCAUCACUGCAACAAAUAUUUUCGCAAAAUAUAUCAACUCAACGUAUGUCUUCGCAAAAUUCAUCAAUGCUUCAUACAUUUACGCCAAAUACAUCAACGCUACAUAUAUCUACAACGCUACUACAAAGACGAUUACUUCAACAACUGUUCAAUGGAAUUUAGCUCCAGUACAUGCUGACACGAAAUUAUUCCAGAUCAGUUUGAUUUUCAUAGCUCUGAUGAGAGUGUUCAAUUAA